AUGGCUUGGAUCAGACGCGGUCGCGGAGACAAAGCGAUGCAGCAGAUGACGUUCACGAUCGACAUGCCCAUCAGCGAGGACCAGGUGGCCGAGCUGUACGGUGAAGGCGCCCGGAUCCACAGCGUACACCACAGGUCCAAACCUGAGCAGUCUGUGUUCGCGUCCACAAUGUCGUCCAACGCCUCGGUGGACACGACGGUGGGCUCGACUGCAGCACUCAUACACAGCCACGCGGCCAAAGUCAAGAAGAAGAAGUACGCUUUCCUCAGGCAGGGCAACAGCGGCGGCACCCAACAGUCGGCCUCGGCAUCCGGCAACAACGGUUAUUUAACAGGCCGCCACUGCCGAGACGCCGCCAUACACAGCCAGAAGGAGCUGAACAUCCGGCUGGCCACGCCCACGGUGCCAAACUUUAUCGAUCAGAUACUCAAGAAAAAACAGGCCACCGAACAGGUGUCCGCCAAGCGUUUGAGCAGCGACGACGACGACGACUGUGAUGACGACCGGGAUGACGAUGAAGACGACGUGUUCCUGCAGGACCUCAAGUCCGCCGCCAAAAUCCGGACGCCGCAGAACACAUAUGUACCACAGAUCCUUGCUUCAUUAACAGUAUCAUUAUGCUCAAUGGUAGUUGGAUUCGCGUCCGCCUACACGUCACCCGCCUUACCGUCGAUGAACAGACCGGGCAGUCCGCUGUCAGUAACCGAGGAAGAAGGUUCAUGGAUCGGCAGUCUCAUGCCACUGGCAGCACUCAUCGGUGGCAUGGCCGGCGGGCCCCUUAUCGAGUCCAUCGGUAGGAAAACCACGAUACUCGCUACCGGAAUACCUUUUAUUAUUUCCUUUAUUCUGAUAGCGAUGGCUGUCAACGUGCAAAUGGUAAUGGCCGGUAGGGCCAUAGCCGGAUUCUGCGUAGGAGUGGCUUCAUUAGGUCUUCCUGUAUACUUAGGAGAAACUGUACAACCUCAAGUCAGAGGGACGUUGGGCCUUUUGCCCACCACUCUCGGCAACAGCGGCAUUUUGUUGUGCUUCAUUGCUGGCAAAUACCUUAACUGGCAGAUGCUCGCUAUCCUCGGCGCUUGUAUCCCUAUACCGUUCUUAGUGUGCAUGUUCCUCAUCCCCGAAACACCACAAUGGUACAUAAGCAGAAACAAAAGCAAGAAAGCGAAAAAAGCUCUUCAGUGGCUGAGGGGUAAGGACGCGGAUGUAACCCAAGAAUUCAGCGAGAUCGAAAAAGCUAAUCAUAUGGGAAAAAAUGAAGAAAUGCCCGGAUAUCUAAGCUUGUUCUCCAAGAUGUACUCGAAACCCUUGCUUAUAUCUAUGGGACUCAUGUUGUUCCAACAACUCAGCGGUAUCAACGCAGUUAUAUUUUAUACCGUUAAAAUCUUUAAGGAAGCCGGAAGUACCAUCGAUGAAAACUUAUGCACCAUCAUCGUGGGUAUCGUCAAUUUCUUGUCCACUUUCAUAGCAACCGGUCUCAUAGACAAGCUCGGUCGCAAAAUCCUUCUGUACGCGUCCAGCGCUACAAUGGCGGUCACUCUCAUCACUCUCGGAACGUUCUUCAACUACAAAAACAACGGUUACGACGUGUCCCAGUACGGAUGGUUGCCAUUGGCCAGUUUCGUGUUUUUCAUCAUAGGAUUUGCCAUCGGCUUCGGGCCAAUUCCGUGGUUGAUGAUGGGCGAAAUUUUGCCCGCUAAAAUCCGGGGCACGGCUGCUUCGUUGGCGACCGCUUUCAACUGGGCCUGCACGUUCGUGGUUACCAAGACUUUCGCCGACUUGUUGAGGGUCUUCGGCACUGACGGGACCUUUUGGAUGUUUGGCGGCAUCUGUCUGAUGGGAUUAGUGUUCAUCGUAUUCUGCGUGCCCGAGACCCAGGGUAAGAGCCUGGAGGACAUCGAACGGAACUUAACCGGUGUAGGCAAAGGCCCGGUCAGACAAGUGAGGAGAAUGAGCUCGAUAGCGCAUCUGAAACCACUGCCGAUGGCCAUCUAA